ACUAAAAGUUUCAAGAUAAAUAUUUUUGUGGAAUGUGGAAAUAGCGUACAAUAAGGAAAAGUUGUUUGUUUUAUUAUGAAUGACGAGAUGAAGAAUAAUGUUAAAGAAACUAGAGAGUUAUACUCCAUAAUUCACCAAGAAUAUGUGAUUAUGGCAGAAUAUCGUAUGUUACAAACAGAAAACCUGCAAGGAAUAUAUGUAAUUCCAUCAUAUGAGAACUCAUUUUUGUGGUUUGGUGUUAUUUUUGUAAGAGCUGGUUUGUAUGAAGGAGGUGUUUUUAGAUUCACAAUAACUUUGCCAGACAAGUUCCCAGAUGAAGAAGUUCCUGUUGUGACAUUUACGUCAAACAUAUACCACCCAGCUAUUGAUGCUCAAACUGGUGUUUUAUACUUGGGAGAGGUUUUUCCACAAUGGGACAGGAAAUAUAACCACAUUUGGCAAAUACUGAAGUAUGUGUAUUCAAUAUUUCACAACUUGAAUGUAAAAGCACCUGCAAAUGUAGAGGCUUCAGUUGCAUACAAAAGCAAUAAAAAGACUUUCAUGGAGAAAGUAAGAGAAUGUGUGGUUUUAAGUAUAGACCAUGUAUAUGACGACCCACCAACAGAGGAUAAGCAUUACAUAACUUUUAAGCCAUAUGACCCAGAUGUUCAUGAUACUGUCAAAAAUUUAAUGCUUAAGACUCCCCCACCGAAUGAAGGUGCUAAUCAAGGUAUUUCUUGGGUACAACCAGGGUCAUUUCAAGCUUUUUCUAAAGAAGAAACAACAUAGUUAUUUUAUAAUCAGAAUAUAUUUAAACAUACUAUCUAAAUAAUUAUAAGGGUAUGUACACAAUCACAAAAGUUCAUUUUAAUUCGCCAUAAAUUAUAUCCUGUGAUAAUGAUGAUACAUAUAUUGUUCACUAAUUUAUUGUUAAAACCACCAAAUAAAUAAUGUUGUUCAUAA